CCAAAAGUCAAUAACCUUAUUUCCUCAAUUCCUCAGCCAACGCAGCCUUAACUCCACUCCCUUCAGCGGCGUUCAGCCCUUCGGCCUUCACUGACGCAGCCACUCGCCUUGUCGCCCAGGAGUCCCAGCGACUCAGCGAGAGAGACCGAGGCGCCGCCCUGCGAUGCAGCCACUCCGGUCUCCGGCAACCACUCCGUCUGCUCGCACUUCUAGCCGCAGCGACUCUCCUCCGAGUCCGACUGUUUUCUCGGCCAACAGCCGGCGAGAUGUUCAUCGCAAGAAAUUUCUUCACCACCAGGUACUCCCCUCUCUACCGCUGCUCACUAUUUUCUCUAUUUCCAUUUUCAACCAUCGACAUUCCUGUUAAUCACCUGGAGAACAAACCACCAUCCGAGGAGCACACUGAAAACGAUUGUCGUCACAUCAGUGAAUCCCAUAUCCUAAAUCAGUUGUCCGAGCUUUUACCAAUCCGUCACAUCUCUUCAAUUCGAAAAUCCACUGCAGUGAGUUCGUCUGACGCACAAAAGCAAUCGGAAAUUGUGGCCCUUGAUGGGUUUUUACCGCCCGAAGAUAAGUUCCGAGGGGUUUUUCUUCAGAAACUCCGCGGGAUAUCUGCAAUUGAGAGGGCAUUAGCUUCUGUUGGUCUAGAUCCAACACUCGAUUUAGUAGCCAAAGUUGUGAAUAGAGGAAAUUUAGGAGGUGAGGCCAUGGUUACGUUUUUCAGUUGGGCGAUGAAGCAGAAAACUAUAGCAAAAGACGCAAAUACUUACAAUGUGAUUCUUAAAGCAUUAGGAAGAAGGAAAUUUUUCACACACAUGAUGGCAUUGUUCGAAAACAUGAGAGCCGAGGGGAUCACUCCUACUUCGACUACAAUUUUCAUUGUUUUGGAUAGUUUUAUUCGAGCCCGCCAAGUCUCAAAAGCUAUCCAAUUGUAUGGGAAACUAGAGGACUAUGGUUUCAAAUGCGAUAUCGAGGCUUUGAAUGUCGUUUUGCAGUCUUUGUGCAGGAGAUCACAUGUGGGUGCUGCAAGUUCCUUGCUUGUUAAAAUGAAAGAGAGAGUGGCCUUGGAUGGUAUGACCUAUAGUAUAGUCAUUGGUGGGUGGGCAAGAUUUGGUAGAGUUAAUGAAAUUGAGAAGGCUUUGAAAAAUAUGAUAGAAGAUGGUUUUGAUCCAGAUAACAAGACUUAUAGUUAUGUUCUUGAAGGUUUAGGACGGGCUGGUCAACUUCAUGAUGCAAUUGAGAUAUUUGAAGGUCUAGACGAGAAAGGGCAUAUACAACAUGCCGAGGUUUACAAUUCAAUGAUUUCUAAUUUUAUCUCGGUGGGUCAGAUUGAUGAAGGUUUGAAGUAUUACCGAAGGAUGUUGAGUAACAACUGUGAGCCAAAUGCGGAGACAUAUACAAGGCUGAUAUCUGCUUUUCUCAAGGCCAGAAGAGUGGCAGAUACAAUUGAAAUGUUUGAUGAAAUGAUAGGCAAACGUAUAAUUCCCAGUACCGGAACUGUAACCACUUUUCUUGAGCCUUUAUGUAGCUAUGGUCCGCCUCAUGCUGCUUUGAUGAUUUAUAAGAAAGCUAGAGAAGCUGGAUGCGUGAUAUCACCGAGUGCCUUUAAGUUGUUGCUUAUGAGGCUUUCUAGGUUUGGUAAAUGUGGGAUGCUAUUAACAAUCUGGAAUGAGAUGCAAGAAAGCGGCUAUUCUUCCGAUAUGCAAGUUUAUGAAUAUGUCAUCAAUGGACUUUGCAACAUAGGGCAGCUUGAGAAUGCUGUCCUUGUAAUGGAGGAAGCAUUGCAGAAGGGAUUUUACCCGAGCAAGCUUAUUUGUAGCAAACUGAGCAACAAACUGCUGGCGUCGAAUAAAAUAGAGACUGCUUAUAAGCUUUUCCUGAAGAUAAAAACUGCCCGUAGCAACCAAAAUGCUCAAAGAUACUGGCGUGCUAAAGGGUGGCAUUUCUGAUCUCUCAUGGAUGGCAUUACCUUGUGACACUGUUUCCCAAAUUACUAGACUGCAAAUUCAGAUUGAUUGGUUUUCUUGAAUUCAGACUCUCCAUAUUCCCUCAGGUGCAAGCUUGUUUCAGUGGUAUUGUAAUGAAGAGUCACUGACACUAAACUUUUUUUUAGAUCAAGAAUUAUGUAUGCCUGAUUGUGAUUGCCAUUCUAAAGGAUGGAUCAUAGAAAAGACAACUGAAGCUAGCAGUAAAGCCAGUAUGCCACUAUUUAUGUUAUCAUAUGGGCUUUCUGCAUGUUAUUGUGUGAUCAAGAAAUGAUUCCAUUCAGCUCCAAGGGACCCUUCUGCAAAUACGGAAGUUAUAUCAUCUUAUGUGUAUAUGAGACAGGAAAAUUCGCCCCGGCAUAAUUUUUGAAGCAGGGUGACUUGAAUCGAGGCCCCUCCUAUUAAAUCGUGUAAUGUAAUGUAUUACUGCAUAGUAUAGGCUCCCUGAAAUAAUGCAAUUUUGGGAAGACAGAGUGUUGAGUACACUAUUAGUGUGUCUUUAAAAAAUUGUUUUUAAUGUAAAUUACUGCAUAGUAUAGGCUCCUCAAAGUACUAUUAGUGUGUUUUUUAAAAAAUUGUGUUUAAUGUAAAUUACUGCAUAGUAUAGGCUCCUCAAAUUAUGCAGUUUUGGGAAGGCA